AUGGCCAAACUCGAGUGUUUACCGAACGAACUCUUUCUUGAACUAUUCGAUUAUUUUGAUGGUACUGACCUUCUACAUUUAUUCUUUGGUCUCAAUUCUCGUUUCAAUCAUCUUCUCUACGAACAAGUUCAACAUUACCGGUUUAAAUUCACUUCAGUGUCAAAACGUCGCUUUGAUACUAUCUGUCAGCAACAUUUACCAUGCAUUGCCUGUCGGACUACAACUCUUUUGCUGUCCAAUCAUGAUGAUACACCUGAACAGAUCGAUUUCUUCCUCUCCUACGUACCAUCGUGGAAAUCGUUCACGGAUUUACAGUCGCUCUCUCUUGCACAUGUUUCAUCAUAUCAAACGUUGUUAGAAGUCGUGCGUCGAUGUUCUUCUCUUGUUAAUCUCAACAGUUUGACAUUGGAUAGUUGCGUUUUAGAAAGCAAUCAAUCGGAUCUCCAAGUCAUGCUUGACAUGAUCUGGAGUUUAGCAAAACUGAGAUUUUGCCAGCUUGGUAUCUUACUUGCGGACGAGCCGUGGAUAUUUGCAUCUACAAAAGUGUCUUUAUGCUUGGAACAACUUCUGAUUUACUGGAAAUCUUUUGAACUAAACGAACUGAAUAGGGUCUAUGAAUGCACACCGCACCUCAAGCAUCUUUCGGUUUUGAUUGCUCCCUCGUUAAAAAAGUGUUCGCUGAAAUCGAACUUUUCAACGCUAGUCAACUUGAAUAUGCGCCUUUAUGAACGAUCGAACGAUUUAAUCACUGAAAUUCUUCAAACUACACAGAAUGUACGCUACUUAGAAAUGACUUUGUUAAACAAUCUGAUUGAUGGCCACCGAUGGGAACAGAUUAUUCGAACUAAUUUGUUAAAUCUGACGACAUUUCGAUUACGAAUGAAGGAUACCUUACCUAAAAACGAUCAUCUUCAGGAGCGUCUGAAUAAUCUAUUUUAUUCGUUUCAAAGUCGAUUUUGGAUCCAUGAACGCCAAUGGUUUAUUCGAUGUUUAACGUGGGAUUCAACUAUUCAUCUCUAUACAUUGCCUCGUAAAGUGAAUUAUUACGAACGAAAGCUACCUGAUUCCCGAAGAUCGACAAGUCCACACGAUGAUGAUGACGAAUUUUACAACAAUAUAACAAAUAUUCAUGACGAAACGUUUUUCGAUCAAUCGAUUCCAUAUCCAAUGCAUUUGUCAAAGAUCAAACAUCUCCGGAUAAAACUUCCUAUCAACAAGCAGUUUUGGUCGAUCGUUUCGAGUUUAAAAAAAUUAAUUUCCUUAACAAUCGAGUCAUACACAGAUGUCUUUCAGUGGCAAGUACAGACAUUACUUGAUCGAGCAUGUCACUUACAAAACUUGAGUAUCAAACAAGAUGCGUCACUGCCUCUGCAGUCAUCGUUAUUCGAUUGUACAAAUACGUCACUUAAUGAACUCGACUUAGGAGAUUUGAAUUAUACUUUCCAUGAAAAUGAAUGUAUUCGACUAGCUCGUUCUCCAUUAGGCUCUAAAUGUCAUAUCCUAUCGAUCGUCGUCCAAGAGCGCCAGAACGUUGUCACUCUUGUUCGACAUAUGAAGAAUCUUCAAACAUUGAAAGUUCACCUGAAAGAUGGAAGUAACGACGACAGUGCUGUUCGAUGGCUAAGAAAUAAUUUAUCGUCAACUUAUGUGAUCAUAAAAAGUAAAGAUGAUGCCACAGAUUAUAUUUUAAUCUGGAUGUAA